UCCCGGCAGGUGACGGGGUUAAUUAUGAAGGAUGCAGAAAAGGGGCGGGGCUUCUGGCUGUUUUGGUGAUUUUCUGGGUUUUGGUGAUGAAGAUGCGCUGAGCGGCGGUGACGGCCGGCCGAGUGUCUGCCGGCAGGAAGCGGCCAGCAGAGCAGCCGCCCUCAGACUGGAUUAGAAACGGGAUUAUAAAGUUAUUCCAAAGCAAACAGAGGAAUUUGUGAUGUGAGGCUGUUCCCGGGCCGCUGGGUUAGCGCAUGCUUUGGAGGAGGGGAGUGUGUGUGUUGGAGGGGGAAUGGGUGAGAGAGAGAGAGAGCUCAGGAUCCGGGCCUAGGAAGUGCUGCCGCGGGGACUCGCCUCAUCCGCUCUCAAAAAUCCUGAAAUUGGGCCGUUUAUCCGCCAGAAUGAGGCGGCGGCGCGGCGCGGCGGCGCUGCGCUACACCGGAAUGGGUCGGAUCAUGUCAGAAUGAGCGGGCCUUCCAAAGGCCCUGACAGGAAGUCCAGCUGCCCUUUGACCCCGGCCCGCGACCCGUGCUGCGUCGGCCCGGCCAUGUCGGCCGCCGCCUCCUCCCUCAAACACGCGUCUGUCUACGGCUACAUCCAGUCAGACCACUCUUCCUCCUCCUCCUCCUCAUACAGCCCCCUGCGGAGGCUGCAGCACCUCACCAAGAUGGUGAGCCGGCCCGACCUGGUGCUGCCGAGCCGGGGGCCCGACCGGCGCUGGGACUGGGGGUCCAACCAGAGGGACAGGGUCAGGAUGGAGGACUGCUGGGCGGAGCACAGACAGUAUUCUGUCUCCCAGGAAGACGUUGACGUCUCGUCUUCUUCUGGUCGAAAGCAAACGGAUCUCCAAAGUGAAAGUAAAGACUUUCCUGCUAUUUGUUUCCACCAAUCUGCUGUUUCUGAGAAAACGGGAGGCGACUCUCCGUCCAGCCCGCCGAGCCCGGCCUUCUCUCUGGACAGCAGCAGCCCCUUCGCCAACGGCCUGCUGCACUUCGACUCGGCUUUGCUUGAGGCCGACGGCGUCGACGAGGAGCCGCAGAGCGCCGCGCCCGGCCCGGGUUUCCUGGACAAACGCAACCAGCCGCAGACCGCGCCGCAGCUCACCCCCGCAGACGCUCGUCUGGACCCAGAGGCGGCGGCGGCGCCCAAGGUGGUGACGCGCUCCCAGUCCUCGGGUCAGCGCCGGCGGUACUGGGACGGCUCAGAGGAUGAGUGGGACAGCGACUCGGAGCUCUUCCUGUUUGAUGACUGGCCUGCAUGGCGGACGGUGAGUGUUCGUCUCCUGCAGCAGCCGAGCGGCUCGAGGAAAAAGCCUCCGCCGCCGGUCAAGUUCGCUGAGGGGGAAAUCGUUUGGGCCAAGUUCGGCCGCCGGCCCUGGUGGCCGUGUGAGGUGCUGGCCGACCCGGCGCUGGGCGUCCAUCACAGGAUGAAAGAGCCCUGCGACCGGCUCUGUCGGCUGUAUCACGUCCGGACCUUUGGGGAGCCGAAGGAGUUCGUUUGGGUGGAGGAAAAAUCAACUCAGGCGUUUCACGGAGGCUUUGAGUUCGACCAACUUCUCCUUUUGAGACGAAGAAGCAAGCAAAGAGAGCAGAACAACAGAAACACUAUCCCUAAGCGUUUCCAGCAUUCGUGGAGAUGCAGUGUGGCCGAGGCUGAAUCUGUUCUGUCUGGACGACCCGACGUUUCUCCGUCUCUGGCUCCAUCCACAGAUCAAACCUUUUCCUGCAGUUCCCCGGCAGAAAGACAGAGGAAGCCCCACCCAGCCGUUCCCUCGCCCUCUCUGCCGGGUCCCGCUGUUUCUGAAUCGUUUCACUUAACAAAUGGAUCCACCUCGUCUGCAGCUACAACACAGACAAAACCAAGCACUUUAAAGAAAACUUCUAGCAAGAAGAAGCAAAGCAAAUCCCUUCAGGACCUUGGGAAUGAAAACACAUUGUGUUGCAGUCUUGAUCAGUCUCACAGAGACAACAGAGAGUGCCCUUACUCUGAUCUCGACUCGGUCCCGAAGAUUUUGUGUCCUAAAGCACUUGAGCGUCAACCGAAGCUGCUUCCAUGCCAGCCGUCUGCGACUGCAGUCAAAGAGCUAAAGAAGCAGCCAGAGACCCAAACCGGACUGUGGUUCAGUAAAUCAGGCAGAGACCGGCGACCUAAAACUACCAGCCCAGUGUCAGACCACUCCCUCUUUAGUAAGGGCCCCUGUAAGAAAAAGCACUUAUCCACCAUUAGUAAGAAGGCACCGGUUCCCUCCGCCUCGUUGGUCGGCGCUGAGUCCAGUGACCCGGUCAUACUGGCAGACACUAAUAAGUCAACAGAUAAUGGUCCGAUACAUGAACAUUCAGUAUCUGAGAAAUGUAAGGCCAAUGAGGCCAACCCUGUUGAAGGAAGAGGCGGGUCUUUGGACAAACCAAAGGCCCAGCUGUCCACUGACGACAAACAGACUUCUGAGACCAAAAUAAACCCUUCGAGCAUUUCGUCUGACGACCCAGAUGUUGAAAAAGACUUUCAUCCCUCCAAGAAUGUCGGUUUUAAUGACGACUCAGAUUCUCCAAAGAUGGUAACAUCUGUAAGUUCAACUGAACUUUCUGUCGUAAUUGCUACUGAACAACUUGAUAAAACUGAAAAACCUUCUGACCAGGAGAAAGAAAGCAAGCAGACUUUGAGGCCCUGUUUCAAAGUCGAAAAAAGAGAUCCAGUCUCAAUAUUAGAAAAACAAAAACAUCUGGUCUCUAAAUGCAGACUCCCGUUUGUGAAACUGAUACGAAAGGAGAUAGAGCAAAACAAAUAUUUACACUCAUGUCUGACCCAUGUCACUACUAACAGAAGUGAAUGCAAUAAGAAAGAGAAAACAUCAGAUAGUAAUGUGAAUAAAGCAGCAGCUAAUAAAUCAGACUUGACAGGCAGCAAAACGAGCGUCUCCACAGAUCAAAUUACACCUUCAAAAUUCAUCAAGGUCUCAGUCAAGAAGCUACGAGCUAGAAGUGAGUCUGGCCUGCUUCGGCUGUCAUCAGAGUCACCGCCUGAACACAACGCUCCCACACCUGGAAACAACGCUCCCACACCUGGAAACGACGCUAAGACACCUGGAAACAACGCUCCCACACCUGGAAACAACGCUAAGACACCUGGAAACAACGCUCCCACACCUGGAAAAAAUGCUCCCACACCUGGAAAAAAUGCUCCCACACCUGGAAACGACGCUCCCACACCUGGAAACGACGCUAAGACACCUGGAAACAACGCUCCCACACCUGGAAAAAAUGCUCCCACACCUGGAAACAACGCUCCCACACCUGGAAACGACGCUAAGACACCUGGAAACAACGCUCCCACACCUGGAAAAAAUGCUCCCACACCUGGAAAAAAUGCUCCCACACCUGGAAACGACGCUCCCACACCUGGAAAGAACGCUCCCACACCUGGAAACGACGCUAAGACACCUGGAAACAACGCUCCCACACCUGGAAACAACGCUAAGACACCUGGAAACAAUGCUCCCACACCUGGAAACAACGCUAAGACACCUGGAAACAAUGCUCCCACACCUGAAAACAACGCUAAGACACCUGGAAACAACGCUAAGACACCUGGAAACAACGCUAAGACACCUGGAAACAACGCUAAGACACCUGGAAACAACGCUCCCACACCUGAAAACAACGCUCCCACACCUGGAAACAACGCUAAGACACCUGGAAACAAUGCUCCCACACCUGGAAACAACGCUAAGACACCUGGAAACAACGCUAAGACACCUGGAAACAACGCUCCCACACCUGGAAACAACGCUGCCACACCUGGAAACAACGCUAAGACACCUGGAAACAAUGCUCCCACACCUGGAAACAAUGCUCCCACACCUGGAAAAAAUGUUCCCACACCUGGAAAAAAUGCUCCCACACCUGGAAAAAAUGUUCCCACACCUGGAAAAAAUGCUCCUAUACCUGGAAACAACGCUCCCACACCUAGAAAGAAUGCUAGGACAUCUGGAAAUGACGCUCUCACUUCCACAAAACUUUCUGAUGCAUUGAGCAGCCCCGAAGUAGAACGUAUCCCAGCGUCAAACGUCAGUCUAGAAAGUAUCACCGCCUUAUCGUGCAAUGAAUCAAACAGGUUAGAAUGUAAAGACAUUUCUGUUUGCAGUCAAACAAAGACAUCGUCUGACCAGCCAGACUGCUCAGAGGAAAACACUUCAUCUACUAAAACUGCAGCUUCUCCAACAGGAAGUCCUCACCUCCCUGAAAGUCGGCCUGCUCCAAAAUCCAGAAAAGCUGUUCACAAACUGAAGCAGGCUAAAGAAAUUCAAAAAGUCCUGAAAGACCAGCCGGCCCAUCUUCCAGCCAGCAGUCGGCUGAUGACCAGAGCGCUGAAGGCCUUGCAGGUCGUCGACCAGAGGAAGCGUAGAAAAGCCCAGCAGGCGAUUGAGCAAACUAAGCUGAGCAAACCUCUGGACACAGUUCAGGAUUCUGCUGAGCCCAAAUUUGAUAUUUGCACUAAUUUAAAAUUUCUAAAAUCUACUCAUGUUGACAAUGGUGAUUGCUUUUCUAGAUGUAGCUCCCCUUCCGUACUGUUCUCUGACUCAGAUGAUUUUGAAACUGAUGUUAAAAGUGAAGAUGAAGACCUUUCAGUUUCUUCAACUCCGCCAAUGGACUUCAUACCCCUUACAUCUAUAGUUAAGGCAAAGCACGAAGAUCUGCCCCCAACAACACAACCUCCAUCACCUCCAUCACCAUUUUCCUUCCUGAAAGCCUUCAAGAAUGUUACGGAGGUUUCCUUUCAAUCCUUACCAAAUGGCAGCAAUGGAAAGCCGGUCUCUUUCAGGCCACACUCAAAAUACCAGUUUAGCACUUUUCUUAUGAUGUUGAAGGACUUGCAUGACACUAGAGAGCGAGAAGGCGCGCCCCUAGAGUUAGAGAUUGGGCCACCCAGUGCACAUGUGAAGGUGGAGCCGCUGAUGAUGCCACAUAAGGCUCCACUGGAAGGACACGGCCACACACGUGUUCUUAGCAAAACCGACCCAGUCCCAGACAAAAGUGUGAUUGGACAGAACAGAUGUGGUAAAGGCCAGAAACUCAAGAGGCCCUGUAGCAGAAAGAGUGGCAGCCAUUGGUUGAAAGGGAAAACCAAUCGCAGAGUGCCUGGACCUGGUUUUUCUGGAGUAACGUCAGCAACAGGAAUCACUUCCUGGCCAACAGCAGAUAUUACUUCAAAAAUAAUGGAUGUACAAAUUGGCAGUAGCUGGAUCCAGGCUGGCUGCAGUGGAGACGUUGGUGGGCAAGAGGAGCAGCAGAGAUGGGAAAGACUGAAGGGCAGCCAGCAGGUUGGUGUUCCUCCGAAAAGGAGGGAAUGUCCGACACUCAUCCUGGAGCAGCCAACCAGCCUCAGAGGCGACAUGAUGAACAAGAGACAGGACUUGAUUCUUGAAGCUGAGGAACAAGACAAGAUUGCAGCCGAACAUAAACGAAUACGAAAACCCAGCAAGAGACUUCUUGAAUGGACUGAAGAUUACAACCAGAUUUUCUCCCCAAGGAAGAAACCCAAAAAGUCUCUCCAGCUGUUUGGAAAGGCCAACGAAUCUGUUGCUGCCCUGUGUGAGCUUUCGGACUUGGAGAAGAACCUGGCUGACAGCUCAUCGUCCUCCUUACUUCCUGAAAUACUGACGCCGCCGCCAGAGGAGUUGGCUCCAGACACGCCUGCAGAAACCCAGAUUCCCAAAGCAGAACCGCCAUCGACCCAAGAGCUUCCGGUGCUUUCCAUCGACUCCUUAACUCCGCCCCCUGAAGUGGAGCCCUCCCUGUCAGACGGCCUAGUCAAAGGCAACAAAGUUUCUCCUGUGCUUGAAAAGAAGAGGAAGAGGAAACCCACGCAGAAGAUCCUGGAGUACUGCCUGGAGGCCGAGGUGUCCGCCGCCCCGAAGAAGAAGAAUAAAACACUGAAGAUGAAUUCAGAUCCUGGACGUCAGUCGGAUUUUUCUCCUCCAUCUUUAAAAGUGAAACCACUCUCUGAGCCGCCACCCCUCCCCCCCGUGACCUCUGACCCCCCGGCAGCCCCUAGUCCACCUGAGCAGGUGGAUCCGCCCCCAGCAGACGCGUUCCAGUCUGAUGACGGCAGCAUCCAGGAGGAGGCGCUGGAGUCAGAGGAUGACAGGUUUCUGCUGGAGAACCGGUUGCCCCCCAUGAAGGACGACCUGCUGGGCGACGACCUGCUGGGCGACGACCUGCUGGGCGACGACCUGCUGGGCGACAACGCGCCGCUACCUGUCAGGAAGAUCAUCGGCGACCGGGGAGGCCCCGCCUCCAUGAAGGAGAACGUCUGCCAGGUGUGUGAGAAGACGGGGGAGCUGCUGCUGUGUGAGGGUCAGUGCUGCGGAGCGUUUCACCUGGCCUGCAUCUCUCUGGCCGAGGCGCCGAAAGGAAAGUUUGUCUGCCCCGAAUGCAAAUCAGGCGUCCACACCUGCUUUGUGUGUAAGAAGCGCAGCGAAGACGUUCGCCGCUGCAUGAUCCCCGUCUGCGGGAAGUUUUACCACGGAGAGUGCAUCGCUAACUACGCCGCGACCGCGCCGGUCAACCGAAGCUUCCGCUGCUCCAUCCACGUCUGCCUCACCUGCUUCAUCGCCAGCCCCGGCAGCUCGUCCGUCUCCAAAGGUCGUCUGGUGCGAUGCGUUCGCUGCCCUGUUGCUUAUCACGCCACCGACCUGUGCAUGGCCGCCGGCAGCGUUGUGCUUUCCAACAACAGCAUCAUCUGCCCCAACCACUUCGCGCCGCGUCGCGGCGUCAAGAACCACGAACACGUCAACGUGAGCUGGUGCUUCGUCUGCACCGAAGGAGGAAGCCUCCUGUGCUGCGAAUCGUGUCCCGCCGCGUUUCACAGAGAGUGUCUGAACAUGGAGAUGCCCAAAGGCAGCUGGUUCUGCAACGACUGCAAGGCGGGGAAGAAGCCGCGCUACCAGGACAUCCUCUGGGUCAAGGUCGGCCGCUACAGGUGGUGGCCAGCGGAGGUCAGCCAUCCCAAAACCAUCCCAGAAAACAUCCAGCGCAUGCGGCACGACGUGGGCGAGUUCCCCGUUCACUUCUUUGGCUCCAACGAUUACCUGUGGACCUACCAGGCCCGCGUCUUCCCCUACAUGGACGUCGACGCCAACAGCAAAGAGAAGAUGGGCAAAGGUGUCGAUGCAACUUACAAGAAAGCGCUGGAGGAGGCGGCCGUGCGAUUCCGUGAGCUUCAGGCAGAAAAGGAGCUUCGGCAGCUUCAGGAGGACAGAAAGAACGACAGGAAGCCGCCGCCGUACAAACACAUCAAGGUGAAUCGUCCGAUUGGGAAGGUUCAGAUCCUGACUGCUGACCUGUCAGAAAUCCCGCGCUGCAACUGCAAGGCGACAGACGAGAGUCCGUGUGGGAACGACUCUGAAUGCAUCAACCGCAUGCUGCUGUACGAGUGCCACCCUCAGGUGUGUCCGGCCGCUGAGCGGUGCCUGAACCAGGCCUUCACCAAGCGCCAGUACAGCCAGGUGCAGAUCUUCCGGACGCUGUCUCGCGGCUGGGGCCUUCGCUGCGUCCACGACAUCAAGAAGGGUCAGUUUGUGACCGAAUACGUCGGGGAGGUGAUCGGCGAAGACGAGUGCAGGUCGAGGAUCAGACACGCCCAGGAGAACGACAUCUGCAACUUCUACAUGUUAACUCUAGACAAGGACAGAAUAAUCGAUGCCGGGCCGAAGGGCAACGAGGCUCGCUUCAUGAACCACAGCUGCCAGCCAAACUGUGAGACGCAGAAGUGGACGGUCAGCGGAGACACGCGGGUGGGACUGUUCGCUCUGGUGGACAUCGCUGCAGGCACAGAGCUCACCUUCAACUACAACCUGGAGUGUCUGGGUAACGGGAAGACGGUUUGUAAAUGCGGCUCAGCAAACUGCAGCGGCUUCCUGGGCGUGAGGCCAAAGAACAACCCUCCAUCCGACGACAAGAGCCGCAAGCUGAGGAGGCGGGGCCACGGCCGGAAGAAGAAGAAGGCGCUGCCGACCAAAGAGAGGGAGGACGAGUGCUUCAGCUGCGGAGACGGAGGACAGAUGGUGUCCUGCAAGAAGCCAGGAUGUCCCAAAGUCUACCAUGCAGACUGCCUGAACCUCACCAAGAGGCCCGCAGGUCGUUGGGAGUGUCCUUGGCAUCAGUGUGACGUCUGUGGGAAGGAGGCGGCGUCGUUCUGCGAGAUGUGUCCCAGCUCCUACUGCCCUCAGCACCGUGACGGUCUGCUCUUCAUCUCCAAGCUGGACGGGAAGCUCUGCUGCAGCGAACAUGACCCCUGUGGGCCAGAGCCGCUGGAGCCGGGGGAGAUCCGGGAGUACCGGCCCGACCCGGGGCCCCUGACCUCUGGGGCCCUGACCUGUGGGCUGGGCAUGGCCGUCAUCCCCGCCGGCCGUCUCAGCCGGACCGGUGGCGGUGGGAACGUGAAGGAGGCCGGCGGUGGUGGCGGUCCAGAGGCAUUCUCUUCAUUCUCCAUCCCGGUGCCCAUCACCAUCCCGGUUGCCAGCGGCAACGCCUCGCCACCUCCCAGCAGCCCACACAGAUUCGACCUGCCGCAUUACUCACCCAUCUCCUCGUACGAAGAGGAGCGCGACGUCCUGGAGGAGGAGCUGGCCGAGGAAGAGGAAGAGGAGGGAGUAAUGAGGAAUAAGUGGGACUCCCCGGAGGAAGAUGAUGAAGAUGAGGGACUGGAAUACCUGGAGCUCAAAGAUGAAGAUGAUGACGACGAUUAAUACGAAGAGUUAUUUUGAUUCAUAACUGCACUGCAAAAACACAAAAUCAGGUUUUUUUGUCCAGAGUAAAUAUCUGAGUUCACUUGAAAAACAAAAAUCCAAUUUGAUCUGUACAGAAAGUUUCAGCAGCUUUUCUUUACAUCAUAGAAACACAAAGUCAUGAAACAGAAUCAACAAUCAAUCGGGACAUUAAGUCGAGUUCCAUCGUUAAAUUGAUUAUUGAUUACGUUUCAAGUAAAACUCUAACCAGCUGCUUUUAGUCUGGAUUUAAAGGAUCUCAGUGUUUCUGAUGCAGAACCAGAACCAGAACCUGAUGGGUCUGGAAGGUUGA